GUGAAUUUAUCGUGGUUGAAUGUGAUAUGAGCGCAAUAAACAUGCUUCGUUUGAAACUGCUGGUAAUCAAUGUCCUGAUCUCAUGGAUCUCAUUUGUCUCUCUUGAAAAAAAGAUUGUGGACAUUCAAACAGGUUAUGAUCCUGGCUCGUGUGGCAAGAAGGAACAUGGUUUGUUAAAAUUGAUCAAAGAUCGUUCAAACAAUGAUAAACUGUUAAUUUGCAAGAAAGAAAAUGGAGUUUAUACCUGGAAAACAACGGACGGUUCCAGUCCCUCUGGCGAAUAUUUCAACCCUGGCUACGACUGUACGGAUAUUCUGAAUAAGAAUUUUGAGUCUCGAGAUGGAUUUUAUUGGAUAAAUUUGAAUAAAGGUGCUCCCAAGAGGGUUUAUUGUGACAUGACAACAGAUGGAGGAGGAUUUGCGCUGAUUGGCGCUGAUUGGCCUGAUCUUUCAGCUACAGUGUGGUGAGCGAAACAUCUGGAAUCAGUCACAAUUCAACUGCAUUUAUCGGCUGUGAUAAAGGAGUGUGCUGCAGUUGUUUUAGUCCACCAGAUAGCACAGAAGAUCUCUGUGGCACCGAUUGUAAGGCAAAACCUGGCGCAAAUGUGGUAAAGAAUGUUUAUUCGUGGUUUUGGGUGAGGACUUCUUCUCCAAAAAAAGUUUGGAACAAAUGCAUGGAUUAUAAAGUUUCUGAAGCCAACGGAGAGAAGGUCUGGUACAAGUUGGUUGGUCAAAACGUUGUCCCUAAGAGAGGUCGUUGUUCCACAAACGAACCACUUUUAAAUGAUGGAAUUAUAGUUGUUCCUGAUAAUAAGACUGUUGGUAAAAUUCCAGCAGUCCCAGGAAUAUUAAAAUUUCGAAAGGACAAUCAAAAACUUUAUGUAAGAUCACAUGAAAGAUGGAAUGCAAUUGCAGAAGAGAAAAAGCUUAACUCCGCCUUUGCGAAACUUACGGCUCGUUUGGAUAACCUGACUCGGAAUUUCGAAGACAAAGAAGCUUGUAUUCAAACUCAUGCAGCCAGUUGCGCCCAUUAUUAUAAAUGCGGAAUGAGACAAGACGGUGUUUAUACGAUCAAUCCUGAUGGCCUGGGAUCGUUCCGAGUCUAUUGUGAUAUGAACAGGGACAAGGGAGGCUGGACCGUGUUUCAAAGAAGACAAGAUGGAAGUCAAGAUUUCUACCAUGGAUGGUCAGACUAUAAAGCAAGCUUUGGUGAUCUCAACGGCGAGUUCUGGUUGGGCCUGGAUAAAAUACAUCGUUUGUCCAAAUCUGGUCAAAAUAUUCUAAGAGUUGAUUUGAUGGAUUUCAAUGGCACUGAACGUUACGCUAAAUAUGGUACGUUUAGUGUGGCUGAUGAAUCACACAAAUACAGAUUGAAUAUUGGCAGUUAUUCAGGUGACGCAGGUGAUUCUCUGGCUUAUCACAAUCAAAUGAAGUUCUCUACCAAGGAUAGCGACAAUGAUGCUUGGGGUAGUAGUAAUUGUGCGACGAACUACAAAGGAGCUUGGUGGCACAAAGACUGUCACUAUUCAAACCUCAAUGGCCUGUACCUGGGUGCAGGUCAGACUAGUACAAGCGGAAUAAACUGGUUCCAUUGGCGUUCACGGCAUUCAUUAAAAAAGGCGGAGAUGAAAAUUCGUCCAAGCCAGUUUUAAGAUAAAAACACUUUAAUCGCCAAGAACGUGAGUUUGAGGAUGUUUUUGUAUUUCAAAUUGGUUAUUAUGUGAUUUAAUUCCGAAUUAAUUAAUG